AUGCGACCGCCCAAGCAAGCUUCCACGUUCAUGAUGCUCCCCAAGCUGCUUAUGGCCGCACGCAGCGGCGACAUUAAGCUUUUGGGCGACCACCUAAACGGGGAAGACGAUGCAGCAGCAGCACUGGCAGGUCCGGUCGUGGUGGACGUGCUUGAGGGAAGCCUCCCUAUCCGGCGGGAUCCUACAUUGCCGGCGCUGCCGGCAGCUGUGGCGGCGGCCCUCUCCGGAGUCACAUCUCGGGGUGACUCCGUCCUCCACGUGGUUGCAGCAUCUGGGGACGGCCAGGAGUUUCUGCAGUGCGCGGAGCUCAUAUGCAACAAGGCCAGUAACCUUGUCCGCGACAGCUGCAACAGGAACGACGACACACCCUUGCAUUGCGCUGCAAGGGCGGGGAAUGUGUCAAUGGUCUCGCACCUCAUUUCUUUGGUUCGACGAGACCAUGGCGCGGUCGCUGCCAAAGCAUUGCUGAGGAAGCAGAACAAGAAUGGGGAGACCGUCUUGCACGAGGCAGUCCGAUUGGCCACGGGUGGUGACAUUGUCAAGCUCCUCAUGUCGGCGGAUCCAGAGCUGGCUGGAGUUCCGGAGACUGGAACCUCACCGCUGUACCUAGCCAUCUCGUUAGGCCGUGACGGCACGGCGCAGUUGCUUCAUGACACAGAUGGUGGCCUUUCAUACUCUGGCCCAGACGGACAGAGCGCUUUGCAUGCUGCAGUUCUCAAAGGCAAAGGGAUGACAAAGAUGUUGUUAGAAUGGAACAAGGAUCUAGCAAAGCAAGCGGAUGGAUUUGGGGACACGCCUCUUCACGUUGCUGCUUCGGUGGAACGUUCAGGAAUGGACACCGUACUUGGGUCUUCGUUUUGGUUUUUCUUCUCCUCGAAUAUGUGCGGUAUGACCGAACUUCUCGUGGGUGCCAACAUAUCUUGUGUAUACCAGCCGGAUCAAGACGGCUCCUUCCCUAUUCAUGUGGCUGCCUCAAUGGGUAGGCUUAAUGUCAUCAAAAUUCUGUUGGACAAGUGCCCUGAUUGUGCUGCAUUGCUCGAUGGCAAGGCAAGGACAUUCCUCCAUGUUGCUGUGGUGAAGAAGAGGCAAAACAUAGUUGCUUUUGCCUGCAAAGAUCCCGGGCUUGCAUCGAUUCUUAACAUGCGGGAUGAUGAUUUGAACACAGCGCUACACCUAGCAGUGUAUUCAGGGGAUCUGCAUAGCUUUGGCUAUCUGAUAUGCAACACAAAGGUACUCUUGGAUCUGGCCAACAGUAAGGGGCAUACCCCUCUGGAUGUUUCAGAAUGUGUGGUCAAUCAUACUGGGAUUCAUUACGGAUCGAAUGCGCAGAGCUGGAUACGUCGGCUGCUGGCAUCGACGACCAAGGGAGGAUGUAAUAGCGGUAGGCAAGACCGCUUCCAUGAAGCUCACGUCCCCAUACUAGAUUACGUCGAGGAGUCGAGGAAGAUGACGGACUCCACCCAGUAUCUGGGCAUCAGCUCGGUGCUCAUCGUAACAAUCACAUUCGCGGCGGCAUUUGCACCACCCGGUGGUUACAGGCAAGACGACCACCCCAACGCUGGUACAGCGACGCUCGCGGGGAGCUACGCCUUCGACGCAUUCGUCAUCUCCAACACCAUGGCUUUCAUCUGCUCCAGCCUAGCAACCUUUGGCCUCAUGUACUCCGGCAUGACCGCGAUCGACUUGGGCAUCCGCGCCUGGUACUUCACUGGGUCUCUCAUACUGCUGCGGAGCUCGGUCAGGAGCCUGGGCGCUGCUUUUGCCUUGGGGAUAUACCUGGCUAUUGCUCCGGUUGCUCGCAUCACCGCCGUUAUGGUUUGUGUUAUCACCUCAGCCCUGGUACUCUUCGGCAACAGGUACAUUGCUCACACGGUGACGCAGACGGUAUCACUGCAUCUCAGACUGGGAAUCCGCCGGGCGUGCAUGGGAUUAGCUGUUACGGUCCUGGUCAACAUACUGUUCGAAUAUUGGUCCUACAUAAUAAUCUUUGGAUUGCCUGCAUGUAUCAAGUAUCACAACGGAAACUGA